AUGUUCCGCUCCGCAGCUCGGGUCGUCCUCCGCGCGCCCGCUGUCCCAGUCCGUGGCCCGGCCAGCAGACGAUUGAUAAGCACUUCUCCCGUUGACAAGAAGUCGAGAAGCUGGAAGGGAGGCAUCGUGCGUCUGGGUCUGGCUGCUGGCGCAAUCUACUACUACAACACCAGCCCUGUUUUCGCGCAAGACCCGAAAUUCUCCUUCCGCUCCCAACCGCAGCCUGAUGCUGUCGCCGAAGAAUCUCUACCGACCCUCGACUCCGUGAAGCCUAAGAUCCGUGAGCAGAAGGCUCCCACUGCCACUCCCACCCCCAACCCCACCCCCAGUAUCACGCCUGCUGCGCCUCAGCCACCUUCCGAACCCACUCAGAUCGACCCUGCGGAACUUGAGGAACAAGCCGGCCACGAAGCUGCUUUCAAUGAGGAGACUGGCGAGAUCAACUGGGACUGCCCUUGCCUCGGCGGCAUGGCCCACGGACCUUGCGGAGAGGACUUCAAGGCCGCUUUUAGCUGCUUUGUCUUCUCCACCGAGGAGCCUAAGGGCAUUGACUGCAUUGACAAGUUCCAGGCUAUGCAAAACUGCUUCAGACAAUAUCCUGAGGUCUACGGUGCCGAGCUGGAAGACGACGAGGCCCCCGCUGAGGGUCAAGUUGCCUCCGCCGCUCCUGGCGAUGAGCAGCCCGUGAGCGCUGCUCAGAUUGAUGCUUCCUCCACCCCCGAUGAGAAGCACGCCCGCGCACACGAGGUCAACGCUGAGACCAAGUCGCAGCUUGCGGAGAAGGGUGAGCUCCCCGAGAGCGACGAGCUGAUUCCCAAGUCGUGGCACGACACGGAGGCCAAGAACGAGGCCCCCGAGCAGACCAAGAACUAA